UAGAGCUGCAUAUUCAAUGUAUCCAGCUGACAACCCCCCCCCACGGUGGUGUCGGGUAAUGCCAAUGUGUGCACAAUCUAGAAGGCUGAAUGACUUUUUACCUUUCUUUAUCAGGCAGACAUAACCUCCUUUAUGUACCGCCUUCUGUUUCAGCCGGCUUCCACUUUCUGUAUCCAAAGGGUGUGAGAGAACAGGCUGUGAGAUGGCGGGUGGUCCGGUGCAGAAACUUACAGCUUCGGUUUCCGAGGGCGAGAGUAUCAUCUUGAAGAUCUUUGAGGAGUUGAAGACUCAAUCCGGUGAGAUUGCGAACCUGGACCAGGAAUAUCGCGACGUCUCAAAUGACCUUAGCAGGGAACGGUCUUCUGCCAGACGUAUGCAGGAGGAGUUGGAAGCUCUGGAGAAUUUUAAUAGGAGCUUACUGAAAGCAAUUGAUGACAGUUCCUUUGUGUUGGUUUUGAUUGACGCCGAUGCCGAUGGGUAUAUUUUCAAGGACAAAUACUACACGGACUCGAAUGGAGGUCGGCAGGCAGCUCUGGAUCUUGAAGAGGUUGUUCGAGAGUAUCUGAAAAAAUGCUAUCCAAACUUUGAGAAGUUACCCAUUAUGAUCAAGGCGUUCGCCAAUUUAGAUGGACUUUCCCAGUUUUUGAGCAAGGCUAAGCUUAUCAAGUCACCGAUGGCGUUGACUACUUUUGCGAAGGGCUUCUCGCAAGCCUCUCACAUUUCAGAUUUUGUUCUUGUCGGGAGUGGGAAAGAUCGUGCCGAUGAGAAGAUCAGAGGUAUCUUUCAAGAGUUUAUUGGAAAUCCCACCUGCCGUCAUGUUAUGUUCGGGGCUUGUCACGAUAACGGUUACGUGCGCCUUUUGGAGAAGUAUCAAAAUAACAAUAAAGCAGACUCGCGCAAGGUGACCCUUAUUUAUCCCUUUGAGCCAGGGAAAGAGUUUGGUGGUUUAUCUGGAUACCCCAGUUUGCAGUUUGAAACGAUCUUCCAAACUGAGUCUGUGAUGACUCGGAACUUAUCGCCUCCACCACCUCCACUACCUCAAACUCAUCGAGCAUUAGGUGCAGAGGGUGGUUCGCCUCCCCCUAGCCUGGCAGUGAAGAACCCAUGGAUGACUGUUUCCGCCAAGUUGCCUCAGUAUGCAAUCUCAAGGAAGUCCGAGAAUCUGCCUGAAGGCUCAAUAUACGUGAACGCAGCGGGGCAGCGCGUGGACAGUGAGCUUCCUCACCCAUCUCAGGAAGCACAAGGUACUUGGCACCGCAAGAUGAGUGCAAAAAUGAAAUUCUGUCGCAGGUACCACCUACACCCGUAUGGCUGUAAAGGUGACUGUGGUUAUUCGCAUGGGCCUCUGAUGGAGGAUGAGAAAUUGAUCUACCGACGUAAGCUGAGGUUAGAGAAUUGCCACACUGGUCCGCAGUGUCGCGAUGCAGGUUGUCUCUUUGGGCAUCAUUGCUCAUGUGAGGAGAAGGCCUGUAAGUUUUUGCCUGAAAUGCAUCAUAUCGAUACAUCAUCAGUUCGUGUUAUGCCGUGCAUUUAGUACAGAAGUUGUCGGGGAGAAUUUGAACUGCACACGUGCUGUCCAUUAGUCAUAAACAUUCAACAUGUUACCCCUCUCUCUGUACUGUAAGGGUACUAACUAUAUGGUGGAGGGCUCUUCAACAGCGCUCUCAGGCAUUUGUCUUCUUUUUCUUUACACUCUUAUCCGCAGUCACAUUGGUUAUUGAGAGCAAAUGCAGUAUGG